UCUGGGCAGGGCAGGGCGGGGCGAGGCAGUCAAUGAAGCUCCGCCCCGCCCCGCCCCGCCCCAUUGGCAGCCCGGGACUUGCGGUUGUGACGUCAGUGGUAGCAACCGCAACAUGGCGGUGACUGGGUUCGGACGGCUCUUGGUGACCAGUGAGUGUGUCUUACUAAAGCGAUUGUGUCAGCCUGCCCCUUCCAGGAGCAGGGACCUGAGCAUUUCCCGGUGCGGGAGUAACGGUCUCUUUUCAAGCACCAGUCGCGGUGCGAGCAUCAAUGAUACGUGGGGCCGACGUUUGCUCAACACUGGGGCCCGAUUACAGAGUUCAAAGGAUAAAGUGUCUGUUAAUUUUAUUAACCGUGAUGGAGAGAAACUUAAAGCAGAAGGAAAUCUAGGAGAUUCACUUUUAGAUGUUGUUGUUCAUAAUAACUUGGACAUUGAUGGUUUUGGUGCAUGUGAAGGAACCUUGGCAUGCUCCACCUGUCAUCUAAUCUUUGAAGAGCCCAUCUACAAGAAAUUGGAUGACAUCACUGAUGAAGAGAUGGAUAUGUUAGACCUAGCCUACGGCCUCUCAGAAACAUCUCGUUUGGGUUGCCAGAUCUGCCUUAAGAAAUGGAUGGAUGGAAUGACUGUGGAAGUACCAAGUGAUGUUGCUGAUGCUAGAGAGACCAAGGACAUUGAUUCCGGCUCCUAAAGGGAUUAAUCUAAUUUACAAAAUCAACAUAACUGAAGUUAAUUUCUCAAACAAUAAAUCAUACUUUAUUAUAAGUGA